ACAUGCCAGGCUGCUGAUGAUCUCAGUCAGACACCAUCUGCCAUGUCCAACUUGAAGCACCGGGCAUCGCCAGCCACGCUGCCCGUUCCAAAGCGCCAUGCUGGUCCACAGCUGUCGUUCGAACGGCGCUCGGUCAUCACCUUUGACAGUGCACUGUAUGAUGAACUCAUGCUCUUCAUCUUCUCAUUCCUCGAUCACAGAGACCUCUGCGCCGUCCAGGCGACCAACAAGAACUGCUCUCGUCUUGCAAGCGAUGACCAGCUGUGGAAAUCCCUGUUUUUAAGGGAAUUUGGUCGCCCUCGCUUAAGGGGUGGGAGGGGCUUCUAUGGCAGGGCCGACAGGAGGUCAGUUAAACCGCUUCCCUCGAGAGCGUAUCCUCCGGAAGAGAGUGCCUUCAACUGGAAAUGGAUGUAUCGCAUAAGUUCGAACUGGAGAAAUGGUCGUUGUGCCGUCGAGAUCUUCCAGGACCGGAACUGCAUUGACAUUAACCGUUUGUCGAGUCGCAUAGCUACUCACUCAAAGGUGCCCCUGCCUAAAUGGCACGUGUUACUGGCAGGAACCUCGACCAUCUUUGCCCCUGCUGAGUGCUCCGAGCAACCAAUUAUUUUUCUUAGGGAUCGCGGAACCCAACCAAUGACUCUUAAGUGCAAGUCGCAGCUUAGCGGCGGGCCAUUAAGCAUCUCCACCAUGGUUCUCGACCAGUCCCCGCUCGCUUCUAGGAUAAUGCCUUGCGGUCCCGCAGUGUCACUUGCGGUCUUCCUCUCUACGGGAGAGUUCUUUAUUUACGACUACAAGCCAUCUGUGAUAACGACUGUCCCGAAACGAACAUACAUCCCUUUACCUCAGCAUCGUGUCCCGAUCACACACGCUGCUUACCACCACCCCCUAUUGGUCACGUUAUCGCAGUCGUUCUCAUUAAUGAUAUACGAUCUCAGCGGCGAAUCUAUCACCCAUACGCAAACUUUAAGCUCAUUCACAAGCCAUCCUCCUGCAUCUAUCGUCCUGUCUGCCAUGCCAAGCUCCCUGUCAUUUAAACUAGUGCUCGCGUAUUCUGUCCCCGUUUACCCUUCCCAUUGGAGCGUGGGCGCAACAGAACUCAUAAUAUCCCGCCCUCGAUCCACUUCGUCGUCCUUGGCGACACUGGCUGAACCUCCGAAAGUCUCUACUCCUGGGACCUUCGUUGUCAGCGGGACUCGCUCGGCAAGAGCGUUUGACGUUCCUCAGGGAUGGAUUGAUGAAAAUAAACUCCAGGCGAUGAGUGCUCAGUGGAGCCGCAAAGUCACGCAAGUUGCGGACACGCAGACAGACGGAAAAUGGGUUGUUCUGGCUCCAGAAGACUCUCUGCAAACACUCUUGGCGGGAGCGGAAUCCGUGGAGGCCAGCAGCUCCAGUGUAUCGCAACCGUCUGGCGCUCAGUCCAUAGAACUUUUGCCAAGGACACAUGUCUCCUCACCAUGCCACUCCUUCGCCCAACUCCAGUUGUAUCGUCUAAACCUGCCCCCAUCCACCUCCUUACAUGGACCUAAGCUGACGUUUGUUCGCACGCUGUAUGGUCCCUGUGGGCCUAUUUCUGCCGUUGCGGUUGCAGACGGACGAUGUGUGAGUCUUGGUGCAGAUGGCUCUAUUUGGGUGUGGGACCUAGAGAGUGGACGUCCUGCUGAGGUUGCGCCUCCGGCAGAACAAUCGGGUGAGGAGGCAGGCGUAGGGGUAUGUAUGGAGCGGGGCUCAACCUGGUCGCGUGGGACGGUAGUGUUUGAUGAGCGACGAAUCAUAAGUGCUGGGAUCAGGGGUAUAGAAGAGCGUAGAUUUGACGUCUGAUGCAAUGUGUGUACGUAUUUGCUAGUUGUGUAUUUUUUCCGACUGGACAAGGUUCGAUGCCUUGAUCUCUCUGAGUACGUAUUUCCACCCG